AUGGAAGAUUUUAUGAGAAGCUUGGAGAGGCAAGAGCGAGAAAGAAAUGAGAGAAACUGUAGAGCAGAUGAAAUCAAUGAGUUGCAGAGACAAGUUGAUGAACAAGUUGUCAUAGCAGUGGCUUUGCAAGAUGAAGAGAACCAAGGUCGCCGCCAUGGUUCACGAGUCGGCCGCCGAAAGAAUGUGGACAGACAUAGGCAUUCUCGGGGUAAGAAUCUUUUGGAAGAUUAUUUUAUCCCAACUUCUUUGUACUCUAAUGUUGAUUUUCGAAGGCGAUUUAGAGUGGCACCCCAUGUGUUCAAUAAAAUCAUGCAUGAUAUUUGCAAUCAUGAUGCAUACUUUGUUCAAAAGUGUGAUGCUACUGGUACUUUGGGACUUCUUCCGGAGCAAAAGCUUACUGCUGUUAUACGAAUGUUGGCGUAUGGAGCAUCUGCUGAUCAGGUGGAUGAGGUUGCCCGGAUGGGGAAGUCAACUACGUUGGAGGCUUUGGUAAGAUUUUGUGAUGCGGUUGAAACUCUGUACACUAGAGACUACCUACGUAGACCUACGCCCAGGGACUAUAUUUGCAAUCAUGAUGCAUACUUUGUUCAAAAGUGUGAUGCUACUGGGGUUUUGGGACUUCUUCCGGAGCAAAAGCUUACUGCUGUUAUAAGAAAUGUUGGCGUAUGGAGCAUCUGCUGA